AUGGACGAGGAGCCUCUGUACGUCAACGCGAAGCAGUAUCACCGCAUUCUGAAGAGACGUGUUGCGCGAGCCCGCUUGGAGGAACUUCAUCGUCUUUCAAAGGAGCGCAAGCCAUAUUUGCACGAGUCACGUCAUCGACACGCAAUGCGCCGCCCAAGAGGUCCCGGAGGGCGCUUCCUUACCGCAGAAGAAGUGCAAGCCAUGGAGAGACAGAAGGUUGAGGAGGGUGAAAAUGCCGAAGAAUUUGAGACAACAGAGGGAGCAGAAAACACUGAGGUCCAGUUGGCAGUGGAGUGA